AACAACAAACUGACACUAAACACACCCCGGCAGGGCACCUCAUCACAGUUUUAUCGCGUCCUCCAGGUCUCGAGAGCGAACAUCUCCGACGUCGUCGUCCUCUUCCGGUUCCAGGAUUAUCUGCGCGUCGCGACGUCGUUUCUUUGGCGGGACGACGACUUUCGUGUGUUUCCCUUUUUAUUAUCAUCCAGUUGUGACUGACUGUUUAUUUGUUUAUCCAUAGGGAGAAGAGUUUGUGUUUUAGGAGUGAAUUAACCCCUCAGGUGUAGAGAGAUGAUCAUGAUGGCGGGAGUGGCGCGGAAAGGGUCGUGCGUCUGAUCGCGUACACGAGUGCAACCGAAAAUAAACAAGAAAGAAAGAGUGAGAUAGAAAAAAACCUUUUUGGAAAAAACUGGGAGGAAAGUUCGCGAAAAUGGAAAGCAACUCGGUGUCACCGAUGCCGGAGAAUAACGCGCAGGCGCCCAUGGCCGAGUUCGACAAGACCCCGCCCACACCUCCGGAGGACACCCUGCCCAUGGAGGAUCUCCCUCCUCCUCCCACCAACGCGACAGUAGUCACUGUCCAAGAAGAGAAAGAGAAGGAGGCACAAGCUGAGGCUCAUCGGCACUACGAGGACGACAACGAAUGGGGCUGCGGCAGUUGGCUCGAGUACACCGUGGUGGUGGUACUGGCCAGCGUACUCCUGCUCGGCUCCCUCGGGCUCACCCUCUACUGGACGUUCGUUUACAGGGACGGAUUCGCGUGGCGCGAGAAUCCAGCCAAGGAGUUCAACCUGCACCCAGUCCUGAUGGUCGCCGGUUUCAUUACCUUCAGCGGAUUUUCGGUGCUACUGUACAGGAUAUGCAGGUGCUGUAGACGGAUCUACGUGAAGCUGUUGCACACGGUGUUCCACGCCCUGGCGAUACCGUGUAUCGCCCUCGGGUUCCUCGCCGUACUGGACUCGCACAACUUGGCUCAACCGCCGAUACCCAACUUUUACUCGUUGCACAGUUGGAUCGGUUUGACCGCCAUGGGACUGUUUGCCAUACAGUUCGUGGUCGGAUUCUUCAGUUUCCUGAUCUUGUUGUGCUGCGAGGGCGCCACUGCCGGCUUUAGGGCCGCCCUUGUGCCCAUCCACGCCUCCUUCGGUCUCACCACGUUCAUUUUGGCCAUCGCAGCCGCCCUCACCGGUCUCACCGAGAAGGCUCUGUUCGAAUUGGGGCCCAGUUAUAAGUACGUCCGCGAUGAAGGGAUCGUGGUGAACACGAUCGGGGUCUCACUGGUCGCGCUCGCCAUCCUAAUGGGGUACAUACUGCAAAGGGACGAGUUUAGAUAUAGGGCCCACAUCCUCAUCAGAUCUGGAGAUCUUUAGGGUUUUUUUUUUUUUUAAUUUAGGUUGGUAAUAUUUUAACAAUUGUUUGUUGAAAUAGAACCAGAGAGAGAGAGGGGGUGUGUAAGGGAUUUUUGACAUUUAAAAAACCCCUUUAUUACUUCCUAUAUGUCGGUUGGCACAGCAAUCUUGUAACAAACUGUUAAUGAUUUUUAGAAAUUUUGAAUGUGUACAAGCAAUGAUUCUGCUUAAUUUACUUUGUCCUGGAAUUUGCCAAAUUGUCGGCAAUAAAAGAAAAAUGGUAAUUAAAUACACGCACGUUAACCUAACUCAAUCGAAUCCAACUUAAACCGGAAAAAAACUAACGGUUUAAGUCAAUUUUAAGCAACUUCUUAAUAAUUCCCUAAAACAUUAUCACAAAUCAUAGAUGGCCAUUCAGGACCAGUUGGCACGCGUCCACCCUCCGUAGGCUACCGCGCCGUCCUUUUUUUGCCAUGUGCGAGACAAGGAUGGACUUAUAUGACGAAGUGUCAUAGUAGCGGAACGUCCAAACUGGUCUGCAAUUUUUUUUAAUACUUGUGAGUUUUAAAAAAAAGAGUAAAAAAAAUAUUUUUUUGGAAAUUUUAGUUUGACAUUUGAUCAAUUUGUUUUUUGUCAUGAGAUGAUUCUUUUAAUUAUUCUUCACUCCUCUUUUGUCAAAAAUGUCGACUGUUCUAAAUUGAAAUAUAUGAGUGGGAGUGAGACGGACAAUAACCAAAUAUAAUGCAGGGAAUAUGUUAACCCAACUUUUUUGAAGGUAAUUUCUAACUAUAUAAACGGUACGUUAUUUAAGAUUAAUUAACAAUUAUUUUUAUUACGGGUUAAACAUUGUGUUUAUUCUCACAAGGUCUUUUAUUAUUUCGGUACUACUUCUUCGAACUUUAUUACAAUUAAGACCGUUUGAUUUAGUAACUUCAGUUGUUUGGAAGAGACGAAUAAUUGAUAUAACUGCCUGAAAGAGAUCAGUAUUUAAUUUUGCCUGAAAUUAUGGACAGUUGACAUUAUAAGUAGUAUUAGGUGUCCGUGUAAAUUUGCUUAUAUUAUUAAAAAAAAAAAUUCCGACACUAAAAGCAAAUUUGCAAUUAUUUCUUCCAGAGAUUAAUAAUUAGUUAAUUUUUAAAAUUUUCCCUGCAAUUACAGGCGAACAAGGUAAGGUAACUUUAUAUAUUAUUCCAGGCAGUUCAGGUAAUUUUUCAAGCUUCGUCCCAGAAGUUGAGAUGAAAAAAAUUGCCCAAAAAACUACGUCAACCCUUUUAAAAUGUACCAAAGUUAACCACAACUGCCUGAAAGAGACAAACAAGUUAAAAUAUUUGCCUGGAAAAUGACUUCAAGUAUCUGAAAAAAAUGAUUAGCUAAAUCCAUUUUAACUGACAUUAAAAAAAAAAAGUUGAAUUGCCUAAAGGAGAAAAAUAAUGAUUGACUCAACUGAAAAAGUAGUUUAAUGCCUAAAAAAUUUUCUUUAAUGUCUAAAUUAAAUAAAAACAUUCCAAUUGAAUUCCUUGCUACAACCUGGAAAAUUUACCUUCAUUUUAUUUAAGGGAAAUUACCUAGAAUUAACCAAUAAUUAAAUAAACUACUCCAAAAAUUAAUUAAAAGAAACUAAAUAAUAUAAGUGUGCACCACCUGUGAAUCCGAGGUUUUUCAGCUCUACUUAAACACUUAAAAAAUAACUUUUGAUCGAUUUUCAUGUACAUAUACGGCAACUAAAGCCUCCAUUACAAAUAUCAACCAUUUUUUUUUUUUAAAUUACGACAAUUUUAAUAAUGCCAUAAAUCAUCGAUGGCCGUGAUUCGGGAACAGUUGGCACGCGUCAACCCUCCGUAGGCUAUCGCGCCGUCCUUUUCCUGCAAUGUGCGAGACAAGGAUGGACAUAUAUCACGGAGGGUCAUAAUAGCGGAACGUCCGAACUGGUCUGCAAUUUUCUCUGUAAUAUUUUGUGAUUUUUUAGAAAAGGGUAAAAAAAAAUUUUUUUUUUCAAAUUUCAGUCUAAUGUAUGAUUAGUGGGUUAAUUUUCCUUAAUCAGUUUUUAAGUAAAAAAUCUGAUUUAUUUUGUUUUUUGUUGUAAACGCGGUCAUUUUAUUUCAAUUUACUUAUUUCUUUGUUUGAUCAUUAAUAUAUCCUAAAUUGUAAAAAAAAAUAGAUCUUGUCACAUGACUGCUGUGUCACCCGGUAUUUAUACAUAUAUAUAAUAAACUCGAAUGUACUGUCUAAAUAUUAAUAUAUUAUAUAUACUUAUAAAAUAAUAGUACAAUUGUUCAAUGAAACCGAAAGUCAUUUAUAACAAUUAAAUUGUUUCGUGCAUUUCCUGCCUACUGCGAAUAUGGCAACGCAUCACGUCAUAUUUCCUUGAAUAUUUUUUAUACAUGUGACCACUUGGUAUAUUAUUUAUAGUUUUUAUACCCAUAUAUUAUGUGUUAAGUGUUCGUUUGUUUUAUUUUUGUAUAUUUUGUUCGCUUCUUUAUUGUUUAGUUACUAUAUGUCAACGAACAGAGGCGGAGGGGGCGCUGUCAAACAAACUUUUUAAUUAGAUAAACGACACAAUUGUAACCGUUUGUUUGACAGCGCUUACUGCCGCUAUAGUUGUUAGGACUCAUUUUCAUCACACAACGAUUUCUCAUAUAAAUAUAAUUAAUUAUAUAAAAAGACCAUAUAACAAUAAAAUAAUUUUUUAGACCUAA